UUAAAGCUCCAGAAGCCUCAGAGAUGUAACAGCAGAGUCGAAUGUUAAAUCAGUUCUGCUUAGACACACAAGAGAGGAAUGGAAAAAUCAGGUAUGGUGAAAAGCCAAAAUGUUUUAGAAUUGUUGAUCACCUGUGUGCAAAAGUCAUGGAUAAGAGCUUAGCCCUUCCUCUUUAAGUUUGUGGUUGGGCUCUUUUAUUUUUAGGGUACUGCAAUCUCAUUUAUUAGCAACCUAGUCUUGUUUUCCAUUGGAUUAUUUAAAAAGUGCUUUUUCUUUCUUCUGCAUUACUUUGAUUGUUUGGUAAUUCUACAAGCAUCCUUUAGUAGGAGUGAGUAGCUGAAUGCUUUUCCUUUCUCAGCAGAAAGCUAAAGUUGCUAGCUCUACGGAUGAACCCAAUGCAUAUAAUCUUAAAUGGUACUGUGAUUUAAAUGUAGCUACCAUGCUGUAAAAAUUAAGUUUGAAAAUGUAGCCAAUGUAAGCACAGUACAGUAUGUACCUUUAAGGAGAAUUGAGCAUCAAAAUUCUGUUUUACAUUGCUUUUGUUUAUCGAUUAAUAAUAGAACUUGAAACUGUGAACAGAUUUCUCUUUUAGUUUCAAUAGCAAGUAAGACAGAAAUUUGGCAUUUAAUAUUUACUGACACUUUCUGUACUGUUUUUUGUACCCCUCCCCGAGUGGAGAUAAACUUAGAUGAAAGUUGCAGACUAAAACAUGAUGCUCUGUUGUAUCUUUGUCUUUAUAGCAUUCACUUGAGCCCCUUGCCCAGCAGCAGAUGACAUGCUGGGGCUCUUCUGUUCCCCUGGCCAGCUGUGUAUAAUAAUAAUAAUAAUAAUAAUAAUAUAUUAUUUAUACCCCGCCCAUCUGCCUGAGUUUCCCCAGCCACUCUGGGCGGCUCCCAAUCGAGUGUUAAAAACAAUACAGCAUUAAACUUCCCUAAACAGGGCUGCCUUCAGAUGUCUUUUAAAGAUAGGAUAGCUGCUUAUUUCCUUCAUAUCUGAAGGGAGGGUGUUCCACAAGGCUGGCACCACUACCGAGAAGGCCCUCUGCCUGGUUCCCUGUAACCUCACUUCUUGCAAUGAGGGAACUGCCAGAAGGCCCUCGGUGCUGGAUCUCAGUGUCCGGGCUGAAUGAUGGGGGUGGAGACACUCCUUCAGGUAUACAGGAUAGAGAGGGGUGUGGCGGUGGUGAGGUUGAUGCAGUGCAAACACAGCAAUGGAGCCAGUACAGUGCUCCUGCUGCCUCAUUUGCAAUGUGCCAACCUUGCCACCACCAACCCUCCCCCUCUCCAUCCUGGUACGCUGCAGCAACUGCGUUGGAGGGAAGUGAGCGAUGCAGCCUCCCCACACCAUCCAAUACUGUCCUUGCUGCUACUAAACGUUCAUCAGGAAGACAGGAUCAUUUUUGUUGCAACAAGCAUCCCCUCCCCACCUAGGCUUAUUUUUGUGGUUGGCAUCCAUUUGUCUUGGGAGACAAUGGAGGAGUGUGCCUUUGGGGGUGAAGUCAAACCAUUGGAGAGCCACAGCGCUUGCUGUGCUUGCUGUGGCUCUAGAGACUGAUGCAGGAGAGACAUGUUUCUUUGCAGCUGGGGCAAAUGAAGGCGUCCAGUUGUGCUGCUGCAGAUGCACCAUGGAAUUUCUUCUCUGCGCUCCUCCCAGUGGUCAUUCCUGCUCUGGUCACUGCUGUGGAUACGUGGCCUACUUGUUGCAAUCAUACCUCCUUAAAAAAAAUAAAAAUCAUUUAUUUGGUUUUUCAGAUUAACAUUUUACAUUCACAUCUCCAUCAUACAACAGAAAAACAAGAUUCCAAGGAAUCUCUUGGACUUCCCUCUUCCCCUUUGUGGGUCCUAUUGUAAAUCAUUUCCUCCUGCAUCUUUUAUAAUAAUCCAAAUCUUUUAUCUCUACAUUGUAUCCAAACUUCACCAUUAAACUACAAGUGAUAUUCCAAUCGUACUAGCAAUUAGCUUACAAUGGUCUUUAAGAUAAGUUAUAAAUUUCCCCCAUUACUUACUAAAAUUUUGGUUUUCCUAAUUUCUGACUCUUCUGGUCAUUUUAGCCCUUUUGGCACAGUCCAUUAAAUUUAUCUGCCAUUCUUCUUUGAUAGGAACUUUAUCUUCUUUCCAUCUCUGGGCCAAUAAUAUCCGCGCAGCCGUGGUCGCAUACAUAAAUACUAUUUUCUGCUCCCUUGGGAUUUCGGCACCUAGGAUUCCUAAAAGGAAAGCUUCAGGUUUUGUUGCAAUCAUACCUCCUGUUACCUGGGAGUAAGCACCACCAGUUUCAAUGGGUUUACUUCCAAAUGGGCAUGUAUAGGCGUGCACUGUAACUUGGUAGUUUUUAUGACCGUUUUAAUUAUUAUGUUUUUGUACUGAAGUUUUGUUAACUGAAAGAGAGAAUGCACAAAUGUCAUCUCUGGAAUGAAGAAACCAAUGAACUCAUUUUAUGUAUUACCCCAGAGGGAGUGGCUUCUGGGGAUAUUUAUUCUGGCAACCUGCACUGAUGUCUGCCCCAUUUAUUUGUGUGCCAUUGGCAGGCCUUCAUGCCUUUAACGAUUCCCCUGAAACAGUAUCUCUCCCAGCCAGCUGCUCAUUGCCUCAUGACAUAUGGUGGGUGUUUCAAUGUCUCUGACUCUUCCCCUUUCAUUGUCUUCUUUCAGCUAAAUUGGAUCUCGGUUAAAGAGCAUGUUUUACGGCUUUGCUCUCUUAGAACUCUUCUGAAGGCAGCCCUGUUUAGGGAAGCUUUUAAUGUCUGAUGCAUUACUGUAUUUUAAUAUUUUGUUGGAAGCCGCCCAGAGUGGCUGGGGAGGCCCGGCCAAAUGGGCGGGGUAUAAAUAAUAAAUCAUUUUUAUUGUUAUUUUUAUUAUCAUUAUUCUGCAGUUUUCCACCACCCUGUUAAGGAAUAUUAAGUUAAUAACACUUUUUAUUAUAUAUAUAUAUAUAUAUAUAUAUAUGAGCACAAAUUAAUGCUAUGGUGAUGAGCCGUGUACGUAAGGUUUGCAUAUUGCAAAAAUGUCUGCGAAGUGCAUUGCAUUUCUGGGUGCUCUGUGCACCCUCAAGCAGUAGGAUCCUUCGCAAUGAUGCAGAGGUAACCCAAGUUUAGCCUGUGUUGCAACAGUGUCCAAAAUAGUACCAUUACACUGUGUCAUGCAUUCUUGUGAUGAAAUUGUUUGCUUAAUGAAGAACACAAGACUGCCAAGAGGGAGUACUGUUGUACCAGUCCCAGAGCUUCCUUCCUUCCUUCCUUCCUUCCUUCCUUCCUUCCUUCCUUCCUAAAAUAAAUAUCAAGCCCUCGUAGAAUGAAAGUUAUGAAACAACAUGUUCAGGCAACAUUCAGAGCAAUUGAUUUCUGAAAUAUUAGUCUGUUCCUUCUUUCGUUGUAUUUAACCAGAGUUGUGAUUGCUUCUGGAAUUCCCUUCUCCAAAUAACAGAGAAGGGAUUUCCCGGUUAAUUUUGGGGCUUUCCUUGCUACGUGUGACUCUAAUUUUUCUCUAGAUUCAAACCAUGUGGUACUGCCAGAUGAAGCUUAGUCUGAGGCAAGACCUGAUAACAUUAACCUUGAGUUCUUUGCAUGGUUUAGGGUUGAUGGGACCCUUGUACCUUUAACAGCUUUGUGGCACACAGACAUUCAACUGUGUAAGUUUGAUUAAAAAAUAAUAAUCAGAGAUGGAGGAUUUCUAAAGGAGCUGGGCAGCCACCUGAGACACCUGACAGGGCAGCCAUUCAGACUGGAUAUGUGAAAAUUCCAGGCAAAUAACACAGUACCAAUAAGUCUGCAGUGACCUCAUGCCAGAGGAAAUCAGUUUCAGCUGCAGUGCUGAAAAGCACUGUCUCUCAGCCUAACCUACAGGGUUAUCGCAAGGAUAAAGCAGAAAGGAAAAAAAGUACAUCACCUUGAACUCACGGGGGUGGAUGGGAUAGAUGUGUAAUACACUAAUAAAUACACAAGGAGACCUGUGGAGUGAGACUUUUUAAAUCGGCAACGAUUGAAUUGAUGUUUUAUUUUAUUAUUGCUUAUACAGCUAGACGUAGUUGGGGCUGUUAUGGGCGGGGAACAGGGGAGAACAAUAAUUAUUGGGUAUUUGUUCCUACAUUCAAAACGAAUAAAAUAAAAGGUAAAUAAAUUGGCAGUCCUUUCAGUGGGCAAAAAGUGAAAUCUCUUCACUGUACAUAGUAAUGACUGUGGCUUAUAUCACCCUCCUCUUUUAGCAACCAAACUAAGCUUCUGUUUUGCCCACUAUUAGCAAGCAACAUGUCCGGUACAAAAAUGGCGUCAAAAGGUGAUUAUAUAGUCCCCAAGCUCAUUGUUUUUAAUUGUUAGUUGUGAGGUGGUUUUAAAAGUGUGGCUUUAAUCAAGGUUCAUAUAUUUACUUUGUAAAAUUUAUACACUGCUUGGUUGUAAAAAAACAAAAAACCAUCAAAGCGGUUUACAGAAGUAAAAUUAUAGGUGAAAACGGUUAAAAACAACCAUUUAGAAGAUUAAGAUGAGCAGCAAACCAAAAACAACAUUCAUCACCAUUCCACAUAUCUAUAUAUGCUGUUUAUAUGCUGUUUUAAUUUGUUAUACUAGUAUGUGUGUCCCACCCUGGGGCCAUACAGCGAAGGAGAGGUUAUAAGUAUUUGUAACAAUAAGUAAGUAGAUCCUUUUGGUUUCAGUAGGAGAAAUGUAAGCAAGUGCUUCCUCCGUGUUAGGAAACUGAGUGGAUCAUAAAGAGUUUGGGUUUGUGGGGACUUGGAUCAGAGCCAGCGCCAGACUACUGAUACUCGCCCAAUGAAGCUGUGUAGCAUUCUUCCCCUGGCCCUCCUGCUCGUGCUAUGGUUUCCUUGAAAAACUCCUCCCUGCCAGGCCCCAAGGUAGUCAUUUUAGCAAUGGGCAGGUGGAGACGCCACCACUCAAUGUGAGCCAAAGUUAGCUCCCUUUUGCAAUGGCAGCAUCUUAACUUACCCCAAAUGAAAGUCUAUGGACUAAGGGUCAAUGGAAUCAACAGCUUUCAUGGAUCUACCGUAUUUUUCGCUACAUAAGACGACCUGGCCAUAAGACACACCUAGUUUAUAGAGGAGGAAAACAAGAGAAAAAAAAUUCUGAAUGAAACAGUGGGUGUAUGAUUUUUGUGGUUCAUGCUGUGGCCAAAGAUAUGUGAUCUGAUUGUGAAUUUGGGGUGACCCAAUGUAAAAAUCCUGAGGAUCCAUGGGCUUUUACCUCCCCCCUUCCAGGCAGCCUCCGCUAGCGUCCCUUAUCUCUCUUCCGAUCCCACCGAUCAGAUGUUUUCUUUCAAUACUCCCUUCCUUCUUGUUUGCCUUAGUGUAGUGACUUUUCCUUAGCUGGAGCAGUUUUUUGCUCCUCCUUUUCUUCUAAUUUCUCUCCUUAUUGCUUUAGUCUUCCUGUUUCCCCCUUUUGCAAGUUUGCUGUCUUUACCUCCCACCUCCCUGGCAGCCUCCUUUAUCUCUAGCAUCCCUUAUCUCUCUCCCGGAUCGGCAAAUGAUCAGCGACUUUGUUUCAACACCCACUUCCCUCUCUCAAAAAAAAAAAAAAAAAGAGAGAGAGAGAGAGAGCCUGAUCUGCUUUUUGCCCCUGGGCAAUUUGGCUCCAGGGACCACGCAUUUGCUCCAUAAGAGGAACAGACAUUUCCCCUUACUUUUUAGGAAAGAAAAAAUUGUGUCUUUUGGAGCGAAAAAUACGGUAUAUGGCAGGGCAUUGCAGUUCGGAUGCCUUAACCAUCAUGGUGGAUGGGAUGAAUGCUUGGCUCCCAAUGUGGUACUUCCGUCUGCUAAGGCAGAGAGCAGUGAUUGGUGGCACAGCAGAGUUGAGCCACAGUGAAACUCUAAUUCCCUGGGACCUUUGGACAGUUCCUGAACUGACUGACUGCUGGUGGCAGGCCUGACUGGGCUGGCUGGCUGGGAGAGGUAUCCUUUUCUAAACCUUUGAUGGGUUCCCAGUCUCUGGAAUCAAAAUAUUCCUCUUAAAGACCUUCAUACGUUAUGUCUCCAGCCACAAUGUGAAUAAAACCUUUAUUUUCUUUCUUCAGAGACAAUCCCGUAUUCCACUUAUGUUGUACCAGCCCUCCUCUUGCUUGGAUGGCUUGCAGGGUGUGUAUUAAUGGUUUGGUUUGUCUUCUCUUAAAAGAGGGUAAGUAUGUCCUCCCCCGCGUGUAGCAGAGAAGUGUUUUCAUGUCAUCGCAAUAAUUUAUUAACUUCUGUUUCUGUUCUGCAGGAAAGAAGCCUUUGCAAAAGAACUUCGGGAAUUGGAGGAAGAAAUGCCUAUUUCUUGUUUAAAUAUACUGUGCAAACUACUGUAUGUUACAAUGAUGACAUGACAUAUACUCUUCGUCUGCAAAGUGCUUAAUGCAGAACUAAUAACCAAAGCAAUUUUGUAGCCUUUAAGAAACUUUUGUAUUAAAACUGAAUUGCAUGUUUAGGGUUAGAAUGCUGUUUGUUCAUCUCUUGCUACCAACUUCAUUUUUCAAUGUGUGUAUUUCAAUGUGUGUAUUCAAAGGCAAUAUAAAAAUUCUUCCUUUGCCCUGGUUAUGGUUGGAAAAGUGGGGUUAAGUGUUGGCGCUCUAUACCUCUGAACAACUCGUCACCCUAUCAUUAUAAUUUUUUUUCAGUUAUUCUACACAACUGAGGUAUAACUCUACCCAGUCAGUAGAGCAUGGGGCUCUUAAUCUCAGGAUCGGGAGUUUGAGCCCCACAUGGGGUGAAAGAUUCCUGAAUUGCACGAGGUUGGACUAGUUGACCCUUGUGGUCCCUUCCAGCUGUUUUAUGAUUCUGAUUCCGUAUCCUAAGAUUUGCUUCUGGUGCACGUGGGGGAACCUGUGGUCCUCCAGAUGCUUCUCAGCUACAAUGCUCUUGCCGUUGUGGUGUAGUGGUUAAGAGCGGUAGAUUCGUAAUCUGGGGAACCGGGUUCGCGUCUCCGCUCCUCCACAUGCAGCUGCUGGGUGACCUUGGGCUAGUCACACUUCUCUGAAGUCUCUCAGCCCCACUCACCUCACAGAGUGUUUGUUGUGGGGGAGGAAGGGAAAGGAGAAUGUUAGCCGCUUUGAGACUCCUUCGGGUAGUGAUAAAGCGGAAUAUCAAAUCCAAACUCCUCCUCCUCCUCCUCUUCUUCUUCUUUCCUGGCUGAGGUUGAUGGAACUGGAGUCGAACAAUAUCUGGAAGGCCACAUGUUUCUGGACACUUUAGCUGUGUUCAAACAUAGUUCUAGGAAACAGAGCUAUUUAAAGUGCGGAAGCCUGAUCUUUAAAAUAUGACAGAGGAUUCUGGGGGCACAGGUGUGCAUGACUAGGUGGGAAGGGUAAUAUAAUUUGGAAUACAUUUAACUAGAUUUGGUUUUUGUGAAUUAAAGGCUAACCAGAAGAAUGAAUUUUAGGCAGAUUGGUAAGAGAGCUAAUUCCCAGUGCCCUUUGUUUCAAUUGAACUUCUACCAUAUAGUGGUACCUCAGGUUACAUACGCUUCAGGUUACAGACUCUGCUAACCCAGAAAUAGUGCUUCAGGUUAAGAACUUUGCUUCAGGAUGAGAACAGAAAUCGGGCUCUGGCGGCGUGGCAGCAACUGGAGGCCCCAUUUGCUAAAGUGGUGCUUCAGGUUAAGAACAGUUUCAGGUUAAGUACGGACCUCCGGAACGAAUUAAGUACUUAACCUGAGGUACCACUGUAUUCCUAUGGUGUAGACUGGGAAAUCCUUAAACACACCCACACUAAUGCCAUGGACAGGACAAGACUUCCAAUCAAUAGUCAUGACUCCACCCCACAGAAACCCCUUGCUCUUAAACUUUAGGCUCAUUGCCCAGGAAGACUAUUUUUCUCCCAACAGGACUCCCACUAUCUGGUGUUUUUGAGGAGUGCUGCCCACCUGCUGUGUUGCAGUGCAUGGAGUGGAAUAAUCAUGGAGAGAGGCUUUUCAUGCCAGCCUAAUCACUUGUUCCAUCUCAUUGUUUUUCUUUCCUUUUGUUUCAAUAGCCCUCUGUGUAAAAUACAGUCUGAAAUCAGAGUCCUGUAGUGAUUUCAUGCUCCUUAUUGCAGCUUGUAAAACAGUGAUUGAAUUGCCCCCCCAAACCUCAGGCUUUUAUAUACAUUAUUUACACAAUGCGUCCCAUCUGAUUGGCUGAUUCUUCUUCCCUCCUAUAGCCUGAUUGGUCUUUUCCUGCAGGCCAAUCAGUUGUUUCAUUCUACGCUCCUACCAGCCUAAUAGGCCGAUUAACUUCUUCCUGGAGCCUGAUUGGUCUUCUCCUGCAAGCCAAUCACUUCUUGCAUUCUAGGAUCCUACUUGCCUAUUGUUCUAGGAUCCAAGGUUAGUACAUAACAUGCACCUAGCACAGUCUAGCCUAAUUAACAGUAGUAAGUUCCAAUGUACUUUCUCUGGUCACAGGACUGAAUUGCAGUUUAAGACUCCAAAACACGUCCUGCACUCUUUCUUGAGACUGUUGAAAAUUGCAGGCUUGCUGAGAUUCUUCCAUUGUGACUAUUUCACUUAACAGCCAGCCUGAAGAAGAGUGCUGGAGGACUCAAACGUUUGCUCGGUGUUCCAAGACAUUUUAGUUGGCUCCAAUAAAGAUAUGACACUAGCAUGGCUAUUUCACACCUGCCAACAUUCUUCAGAUGACAAUCAGGAUGCACAUCUCUUGGUGCUGCACUGCUGCAUGAGCCAGUGCCUGAUGGGAGCCAUGACAUUCCUUCCCUGGAAGCUGAAGGCAGAGGAGGAGAACUGAAGGAAAUGCCGCCUAGGACUCUGGUUCCUGGAAGCCACUGCACAUCAAGGUGCUGGUGGGUUGGCGGCUACUUCCGCUGUGGCUGCUUCUGGAAAUCAUAGUUUCUUCCUCCCCGCUCUUUUGCUGAGGAAGGUGAAAGGGCUUCUGUAAUUCUGGGACCAUCCCAGGAAAAUCAGGACACUGGAAGGGUAUGAUAUAUUAACUAGAGACAGCAGGAAUUCAGUCUGGGACUUUCUGCAGGCCAGUAAUGUGUUUUACCACUGAAUUAUGGCCCCCUUUUUUAACAAGCUUUCUUAAAUUAAGACAAUUGGACCUUCUGAUCCAGUGCUGUGGCAAGGAUAACGAGUGGGGUGCCCUCCAGAUGCUGUUAGACUACAACUCCCAUCAUCCAUGACCAUAGCCCAGGGUGGCUGAGGCGAAUGGGCAUUGAAGUCCAACAACAUUUGGAGGGCACCUAAAGGGCAUAAGACAGGCAUGUCAAAAGUCAGUUUUGGGGGCCUAAUCUGGGCCAUCCAUUGGUUUAAUCCAGCCCCUGUGGGUAAAAUUGUAAAAAAAAAAGCUCAAUUUGGAUGGCCCUCACACAUGUUCACUUCAUCAAAUCUGGCCCUCUUUGAAAAAAGUUUGGAAACGCCUGGCAUAAGAGGAGCCCGCUGGAUCAGACAGUGGCCCAUCUAGUCCAAUAUCUCAUACUGGUCAACCAGAUGAAUGUGGGAGACCCUCAAGCAAAAAGCACGUACAAGAAAUUCUCUCCUCCUGCAGUUUCCAUCACUGCCUCCAUGGUGUCUACCAUUAAUCUAUGGUGACCACCAUCUGCUUUUUCUAUUGAUUUAUAGCCCAUCCCUACACAUUCUCGGGAGGCGGGUGGUGCUGUGGCCUAAACCUAGGGCGAGCCUAGGG